UUAUCUUCUGGUCCUGAUUUAUUCCAAAAAUAUCAAUAUUUGCAAUUGAGUAUUCUCAAUGAAAGAUACCCCAUCUCAAGUGGCCGCUGUUCAAGUAGCGGUUCGUAUCAGACCAUUGACUGAUAGAGACAGAGCACUACCACGUUUUGCCAAUUCGACAAAUCAAGAUGUAUUAAGAGCUAAUGAGAACCACGUUCAGAUAGUACCUCAAAACAGGUAUUUUACGUAUGACUAUGUUUUUGGAACCGAUACAGAACAGCAAACCAUAUUUUCUCGUCUUGGGGAAAAGCCCGUAGAAAGAUUUAUAGAAGGUUAUAAUGUCACGAUACUAGCUUAUGGCCAAACAUCUUCAGGGAAGACAUAUACCAUGGGCACAGCCCAGCAUACAGAUUCAACAGUUACUUUUGAAGAGGAAGGUAUCAUUCCUCGAGCAAUGUCUUUAUUAUUUGACAUGCUAAAUAAGCAGCAGCAGCAACAAGUUAGCCAAACAGAACCUAUUGAAAAAUUAGUCAAAAGCAUACGACCACCCUCAUCACAAAGCGUCUCACAACGGAGGAAUUCGCAACAGCAAUUAAACAGUAAUCAUCGUUAUACAUUGAAAGUAUCUUUUGUCGAAAUAUACAACGAGGAGUUGGUCGAUCUAUUGAAUUCUUCAUCAGCUUCUGAACGUCCUCCAAUUACCAUCCGAGAAGAUACAAAAGGUCAUAUAUAUUGGACGGGGGUUAAGGAAAUGAUAGUACAUAAUACAAGUGAUGUCUUAAACUUCCUUCAACAGGGUACCAACAAUCGAGCAACAGGUUCAACAGAUAUGAAUGAAAAAUCGUCUCGCUCCCAUGCUAUUUUCUCAGUGACCUUAAAGCAAGAAAAGCGGGCACCGUCAUCAACGCAAUCAAGCCGAUCGCAAAGCCCAGCUCCAAUAAAAAACCAACAGUCCAAAUCACAAAGAAUAUCUUUAGCUGCGCGCUACAGUAGUAGUAGCAAUAUUAACCACAUGAAUAAUAAUGACGAUGGCGAAUGGAUCGUGACAACGUCAAAGUUCCAUUUCGUCGAUCUGGCUGGUAGUGAAAGAUUGAAAAGGACAGCAGCGGAAGGAGAUAGGAGAAAAGAGGGAAUAAAUAUUAACGCAGGCUUAUUAGCAUUAGGCAAUGUUAUAUCAGCACUUGGUGAUCCAUCAAAAAGAAAUACUCAUGUACCAUAUCGAGACUCGAAGCUGACAAGGCUUUUACAGGAUUCAUUAGGUGGUUCAGCUAUGACGCUUAUGAUUGCUUGUGUCAGUCCUGCCGAAUCUAACUUGUCCGAAACGUUAAAUACAUUACAAUAUGCGAAUCGAGCGAGAAAUAUAAAAAAUAAGCUAGAGAAGAAUGAAAUGGAAGAGUGGAUGGUUACGGACAAUAUUGACUUGCUACGAACAACAAUUACGAAACUGAAAAACGAAUUGCGACUACUUAAAAGCAUGAAUAAUGCUAAUAGUAAUAAUAAUAACUUGAAGUUGGAUAACUGCACAAGACACCUUUCCGAUACGAGCGACGACUUUUCCUUAACAAGUAGCAGCCCUGUUGCUAACCCUGAUCCGGACGAUGCAUAUUAUGGUCAACACAUUCUGAUACAAGAUUUACAACAUCAAGUGGAAGCAUUACAGAAUGAAGCUGAAUUUGCAAAGGAGCGAAAUAUUGUUGUUGAGAGCGAGCUACGAAGGCUGCAUGAAGAACGUGACGCACCAAAUAAGUAUGACUUUCAACAUUUAGUUGAGCCAGUGAUUGAAGAAUACGAAAAGAGUAUGUCCGCAUUGGAAUCCAAAUUAGCAUUAGCGCAAGCUGCUUUGAGCCAUUCAGACCAAGUGCAUGAGGAAUUAAUGACGAAAAUCGCUUAUUAUGAAGAUACGAUUGAAAAAUUGGAGAAUGUUAUUCAAGAUUUGCAAAGAAGAAUCGGCAAACUGUUAGAAAGAAGAUUGAAAGACGAAAAUUACAUUACCGAAUUAGAAAAAAAAUUAAUGGUUUCGGUAGAAGAAACUAUUCAUGAUCGGGAACUGCUGAGUGAAUUACGAGGGAAGAUAUUGAAAUUCAAAGAGGUUGAUGAAACUACGGAGCAAUACAUACAAGAACUGGAGAAUCGGCUGAAUAUCAGUGAAGCUGAAUGCAAUAGUUUAAGAGAAGAAGUAAAAGCAAUGAAAGCUACUGACAAAGAUACCGAUACAUGCAAAAAGCCUAUUACCAACCAUGAUACAGUUAGUAAUUACAAAAAAGAGAUGGAUGUGCUCCAACAGAAAAACGCUGCAAGUGAACAAGAAUGCCAGACAUUGAGAGCUGAAGUAGAUAAACUGCUACUCGAGUUAGAAAAAAGACCAUCAAGACACACUUAAGGAAUUAGAUGAAGUAUUAGCACGGUAUGAAGAGGCGUUAGAACAGGUUGAUCUUGCCAGCCAUCGAAAUGUGGAGAAUACUGAAAUGAACGUAGCGGCAAAAGAAGAAGAGCUGAUUUCUUUACGCAACCUGGUUCAACAUUUGAAGCAUGAAGUGAACAUUAAGAUCAUACCC